AUGCCUGCCAACAACAAAGAUUACCUCCCUUCCGUAAUGCUCUAUCUGGCCGCCGGCAUUGUGGAGCGCAAAGAAAAUGCUUGCCCUGAAGUGAGUCAAGUCAAGCUUGAGACCAGACUUGGACCGCAUUGCUUAUAGAGACGAUGGUAGUCGUGUUGUGAGAAGAGAUGGAUUCGAGAAGGGGACUGUGCACUCAACAAGUUGCAGUAUAGCUUCGCCAUGUAGGACAUAUGUAGGAUGUGCUAUGGUCAUGUGGACUUGUGCGCAUGCGCGUGCGUAUUAAGCAAGCUCAAACAAAAUUCGACUUUGACAUCCUUUUCUUUUCCGCAUCCAACCGCAACAAUGGUUGCAAGGAGUUCAACCCCAACACGGUCCCAAAAGCCAAAAUGCUUUCAAACAUCACGCCGUAUUUGAGGCGCUCCUCCUUGAGACGUUCAAAGCUGAGGAAGUCAAGGAACUGGCAAAGGAGAUCUGUGAGUCUGAUUGAACUUGUCUUUUAUUGUUUCCCUGUUGUUCUUGAUUGUCUCUUUGACUGACCAUCAUCUCUGCUUUGGAUGUCCAGCCUUCCGACCGCCUGCUCGAGGCCAACCGCCUGCUCAAGGAGGAGGAACACAAUGUUGAUGAUGAUGAGGAGUAG